AUGUCGGCAAAUAACAAAAUCGCGGUGCAUUCGCUCUCCGAUCUCAAAAACACGACAGACGAUGCUCUCCCGAAUUACCUCCACUCUCUCAAGUUCAGACAGAUCCACAGGCAGACAGAUGUGCGGUUAGUUCUCGGGUACAGCGCCGUCAUUAUCGCCGGUGCCCUCUUCUACUUUGACUGGAAGUUCGGCUGGGAGGCUUCCAAGCCCUAUACUCUGCCCGCGGUAGUUGCCUACUUCAUUUUGAACUCGGCGUUUAGCUAUUGGUUGUGGUUUGUGGAAGCGGGUACUGUGUACGAAGGCGAAGGCAAGACAGGCAAGGUUCGAAUUGCAUCAUCAACAAAGAAGCACAUUCCCGUCUACGAGGUCGAUGUGUUCUUCACACCCGCUCCAACGAGUUCGAACCCUGAACAGAAAAUCCACAUCCGCGCACCCAUGACUCGAUGGUUCACGUCGGACGGCUACUUCGUUGCAAAGCCUUUCCAGCAAUGGCUCGCCUCUGAGGUGCCCGUCAUUGGCGCAGCGGACCCGAGUAAUGUUGUAGAGGAGAUUGGUCGGGGAAGUGAGACGGAAAGAACUAUGAAUGUCACUAGCGACAAUGCCAUUGAUGUUUUGGAGCAGUUGAAGGCGAGUGGCGCGAAGGUGUCCGCUGGAAGUGGUCGUAGGAGGAAAGCUUGAG